AUGUUGGAAUGUGUACACUUGUACAUUUUCUACCAGAUCCUGUCCUCUUUCUGUCUUCUAGAGUCUACACCGGAGCUGCUCUCAGCUGUGCAGGUCUCAGCUGGUUCUACAGUUGAGAUUGCAGCAGCAUCUGUUGGUGAUACAAGUCUGGUAGAGGUUGUUCACGUGAUAAAGGAAGAUGAAAAUGGUCUGAGUUUCACAGCAGUGACAGAGAUUCUGGAAGAAAGCACAGAGAUGGAGGCUAAAGAGGCACUUGAAGAGACAGCUGCUGAAAGUGAGGAGGUCCUGGAGACAGGCGAAGCUGUAGUCAAGAUAGAAGCACCGGCCGAGGAGAAGGUUGCAGUAAAGACAUCUGCACCUGCGGCAUUAGAGGAGGAGCAGGAGGUGGCUGCAUCUCCUGAUGAAUCUUUACUUCAGACAGAAGAAAAGGUGGAGGAUGUUGGGACUGAAGAUCAGGCUUUGGUCACUGGAGCUGCUCCACCUGAGGAGGCCACACCAGCUGAGGAGGCAUCCACAGCUGCUGAUGCUGCUUCUCCAGAUGAGGAGGCCUCCUCCACAAACAUCUCACCUGAAGAUUCUGUUUCCGCUGAGGCUGCUGCAGUGGAAACAGACUCUACAGAAGCCUCACCUGAAGAUGCUGAGGCUGUUGGGGAAACUACACCAGCUGAAGGGGCAGCCAGUGACACCCCAGUGGAUGAAACACCAGCUGCUGUGGGUUCAGUAGAGGAGACUGUAGCUGAAUCAGAAGAAGCAGCAGAGGUUGUGGAAACACAGGGUGAUGGUGUUGAGGUUGUGAAGAAGACAGUUCAGCUGGCAGCAGCCUCUGGCUCAGACCUGGAAAUCCUUUCAACUGCUGAACCAGAGCCUUCAUCAGACACUCCUGCACGUGAGACCACACACUGCACCUCCUGCCACUCCAAUCCAUCAUUAGCAGAGGAGGUGGCGCCACCUGCUGCUUUUGAAGAUGAAGAUGCUGAGGAUGUGAUGAGUGAGGCACAGGAGGAAGUUUCACUGGUGGAGGGAAAAAGUAAGAACAUACUGUAAAUGUCCAGACAAACUAAAUCAAUGUCUAUUCUGCUCAUUUUGGUCAACAGUUGUUGUUUUGCACUUUUGUUGGAAAUAGUAGUAUAAGAAAACAAAGUGCCAUUUUGCAAUAUACCUCUUACAAACAAAAGAUGACCUUCACCAUAGAGCUCAAAGAUACAGAAGUAUGUUUGGACCAGGCAUAAAAACAACAAAAAAUCAAAAAACAAAAUCCUCUUUUACUUUUAAGGACAAAUUUUGAAUAUUCAUCACUGAAUUUAUUUAUAGUAAACAGUGUUUUAAUUAUUUAUGAUUUCAAUACCUAAAUUUUUCUUCCAUAUUUGAACUUAAUUUUCCAUAUUUUAUCUUUCUUCAAUUUUUUGACCCUUUUUAACUUUAUUUUGAGUGUUUGGACUUUCUACCUGACCCUGUAUUUUAUUUUAGAGAAGUAAUCUCAUUUCUUCACACUCUGACAUACAUGACAUAUCAGCUUUAACUUUUGAUUUUUUUUCCUUUGAACAUUAUUCUGUGAAAUCAGUUUUCAUUCUCAGUAUUUGGACUCUGACUUUAUUGUGUUUAAACCUGAGUCACAACCUUUCAACUAUUUCACCAACUAUCUAAUCUAUUCUUUAUAGUACAGCUGACAGAAAACACAAGGUUGUGUUUACUACACUGACUUCAUGCCGACUUUAUGUUUAGACUUAAAUCCUCAACACAAACACUUUGGCUUCAUUUAACUACUUUUUAACUAUUUUCAAUUUUUUUUACUGCCCAUCAUACCUGGCACUUUCCCUGACAGCUAGACUUUUUCAUAUUCAGAGGAGUGUUUCAGUUGAAAUCUGACUGCUAGAUAUGGCUAAAUAUUCUUAUCUGUACUGUAUUUUCUGUACUUCUUAUUACAUACUGUACCUUUAAAUAAAACCAAAGAUCUGAUGGCUUAUAAACGAAUACUGUGAGUUUAUAGGUUACAGUAUUAUUCUGAGCUUUUAAAAAUCCAGAUCUGAGUUUUAUCUUUGAUUUUAGUUUUUUCAUGUGCCCUUCAUAAAAAUGGAAAGUGAAAUUGUAAAGUUUUAUUUAUUUUCUUUGUUGUGAUAAUAUGGUAUUUAUUGUCACAAAUACAGCUACAAAAACCUCAUGAGUUUUAAAAGCUGUAAAUCUAUCUUCUAGUCAUUGUAAAAUGAGUAGACACACUGCCUGACCCCCUUAAUACACCCUUAAAUAAAACAUAUUAAAUGACCUGGCAUCAGAUGUUCAGAAAACAAAAUAUGUUUUUGACUUUUGACUUCAGUCUUAAGUUUUAUAUAAAUUGGACAGUAGGCAUCAAUUUGCAAGACAGCAGCUACAUUUCUAGAUUUAAAUCAUCCUUUAUUAUUAAGCUUCUAAUCAACACCUCGCCUGAAUUUGACUCUGACCAGAGGUAUUCUUGCAUGUGUAUCUGAGUCAACUGUAUUUAACUGGACAGUGAAAAAGAAGCUGUUCAGGAGUUUUAAGCACAGUUGAAAAUGUCAAUGUUUGAAAGCAGCACAGUAAAACACAUCUGAAAUAGAGGCAAAAAUACUUUAUUCAAACACUUAUGCUUAUGCUUGCAUAAUAAUUUAUUGGUUAAGUCUUUUAAAAUUAUGGGAGUUCCUAUAUUUCUGUCAAACUAACCAAUGUUGUGCUUGUGUUUUGCAGACACAGAGACCACGAUGAUGGUGUCAGCCCAGUCAUGA